AUGUCAGCAACCGACGUGGCAACAAAUCAAGGAGCAGAUCAAAAAUCUGAAGCUAACCAAAAUAAACAACAAGAUCAAGCUGGUUCAGGCUCUGAUGAUUCAAAACAAAUCAAUGGUAAAAAUGUCGUUGCAACAAAAGUAACUGGAACAGUUAAAUGGUUCAAUGUUAAAAGCGGUUAUGGCUUUAUUCAUCGAGAAGAUGCUGAUGAAGAUAUUUUUGUUCAUCAAACAGCUAUUGUUAAAAAUAAUCCACGAAAAUAUUUACGAAGUGUCGGUGAUGAUGAAAAAGUUGAAUUUGAUAUUGUUCAAGGUGAAAAAGGUUAUGAAGCUGCAAAUGUCACUGGUCCAAACGGUGGUAGUGUACAAGGUUCAAAAUACGCUGCUGAUCGAAGACAAUAUAAUACACCAAGCGGUUUCCGAGGAGGACGUGGUGGAGGUCGACCACCCUUCCGUGGCCGAGGAGGUCCAUUCCGUGGCGGUCCAGGCGGUUAUGAUCAAGGUUUUGGUCAACCAUUCGACAACUUUGGUCCACCACAAAUGAUGGGUCGUCCACCAUUCGGUCGACCACCACGUGGUUUUGGUGGCCCAAUGAUGCGAGGUCGCGGUCGUCCACCACUUCGUGGCGGAUAUGGCGGUGGCUAUGAUGGAGAUUUUGCCGGUCGAGGACCACGUAUCUUCCGUGGCCGUGGUGGCCCAAUGAUGGGAGGACCAAUGGGACCAGUUCCAGGCCCAAUGGGUCCACCAUUCGGUGGUUUCCGUGGUCGUGGUGGAUUCCGAGGUCGUGGUCGCGGUCGUGGCCGUGGUCGUGGUCGAUUCUUCCGAGGAGCCCGUCAAGGAUUCCGUCGUGAUUCACAAAAUGAUAAUGGUAAUGAAAAUCACGAAGGACAAGGUGACGACCAAUGA